AUGAAGCCAACCACGUCCCUCCUCCUCGCCGCCCUCGCGUCGACCGCCCUCUCCCAGGAAGAGACCAGCACAGCCACCCAGUCCCUCCCAACAACAACAACAUCCUCCGCCGAAGCACCCGACGGCUCCGCCGCCUGCGCCGCCUCCGCCCUGUCCCUCCUCGCCGCUCUCCCCACCCUCCCCGCCGCCCCCGCCUCCUUCGCCCUCACGGCCAGCCCCGACCAGGACCCCUGCGCCCUGACCUGGCCCGCGAGCCUCUCCUCCGCCGUCCUGCGCUACGAGUCCUCCGUCGCCGCCUUCGUCUCCGACCGCCGCGGCGAGCUCGAUGCCCUCGUGGCCGGCUGCGAGGAUCUCAUUGACGGGCCUGCUGGUAGCGCCAUUUGCUCGACGGAGGCGAGGCACGUCUUUACGGGGGAUGGCACGACGGCGACGGAGGGGGUUGGGUAUACUGUUUUUCCGGCGCUGGCGACUCAGCUGACGAGCGGGACCGUGACGGAGACGGAGACGGAGACGCUGACGCAGACGAGCGCGACGGGGACGGAGACGGAGACGGAGACGGAGACGGGCGGCGAGGAUGGGGAUAGCGUGGCUGGUCGUGCUGGGGCUAAUGUUUAUGCUGUUGGGGCCUUGGUUGGCGUUCUUGGUGUUGCUGCUGCGCUGUGA